CCGAGAUGCACGGCGUCAUCGACGAGAUGGACCGCCGAGCCAAAGGCGACGCGCCGGCCAUCAGCUCGGCGAUCCGCGGCGAGACCAACACGCGCGCCAUGCCGUCCAUCAGCAGCGAGAGGGCCGCCCUGUGCGCAGGCUGCGGGGGCAAGAUUUCGGAUCGCUACUACCUCCUGGCGGUGGACAAGCAGUGGCACAUGCGCUGUCUGAAGUGCUGCGAGUGUAAACUCAAUCUGGAGUCGGAGCUCACCUGUUUCAGCAAGGACGGCAGCAUCUACUGCAAAGAAGACUACUACAGGAGGUUCUCCGUGCAACGCUGCGCCCGCUGCCACCUGGGCAUCUCGGCCUCGGAGAUGGUGAUGCGCGCCCGGGAUUUAGUCUACCACUUGAACUGUUUCACCUGCUCUACCUGCGCCAAGAUGCUGACCACGGGCGACCACUUCGGCAUGAAGGACAACCUGGUCUAUUGCCGGCUCCAUUUCGAGGCACUGCUCCAGGGCGAGUACCAGCUGCAUUUCAACCACGGCGAGGGAGCCGGUGGUGGCGGUGGCGGCGGCGGCGGUAAAGGCGGUCCGGGAGCUCUGGGCGCUGCCACCCCGCUGGGACUGCCUUAUUACAACGGGGUAGGCACGGUGCAGAAAGGGCGGCCCAGGAAGAGGAAAAGCCCCGGGCCCGGCGCGGAUCUGGCGGCCUACAACGCAGCUUUGAGCUGCAAUGAGAAUGACGGAGAUCAUUUGGACCGCGAUCAGCAGUACCCCAGCAAUCAGAAAACGAAGCGCAUGCGGACCUCAUUUAAGCACCACCAGUUGAGGACAAUGAAGUCUUAUUUUGCUAUCAACCACAAUCCGGACGCCAAGGACUUGAAACAACUCGCUCAGAAAACGGGCUUAACUAAGAGAGUUCUCCAGGUCUGGUUUCAGAACGCCCGGGCCAAAUUCCGGCGGAAUCUUUUACGGCAAGAAAACACGGGAGUGGAUAAGACCGCUGACUCGGCGCUCCAAGCCGGCACGCCAUCGGGCCCCGCUUCAGAGAUCUCCAACACGUCCAUGAGCCCGUCCACCACCCCCACCACCUUAACGGACUUAACAAACCCCAGUAUGCCAUCGGUCACCUCGGUUUUGACUUCGGUACCCGGCAGCUUAGACGUCCACGAAUCUCGGAGUCCUUCACAGACAACGCUGACGAAUCUUUUCUGAUGACUCUCGUUCCCUUCCUUUUCCUUUUUAUUUUUCAAAGAGAAAUUAUUCUUAGUUGAAUUCCAGGUGUAUUUUACUAGAGACUUUUCUCACAGCUGGGCUAGCCACCGCAUAGAGUCUGUUUUUUUUUUUCCCGGGCAGUGGGAGAGAUCAUCGUUGGCCCUAUAUGUUCUGGUCUGACUGUCACGGCGAACUGAAGAUUUAACUUGGAAGAAGCAACGUUUGUGUCCAUGUACAGUUUUGUGGACCGGGCAAGGGAAGCAGCAAUUAAUUUAAGUUGGCUAAAGCUUCUGUAAUUUUCAAAGACUGCCAUGUGCCUUAAACACUGUUCCCCACCCCCCUCCCCACCCCCCUCUUUGGAACACUUUCCCAUCUGCCACCACUUACCUUUUUUUACCUGUCUGUGUAUUUAUGACCAGGGCAAAGAACAAACAAACAGACAAAAAAGGAAAAAAAAGAGAGAGAAAGAAAGAAAGAGAUAAAUGAAAAUGUCAAUACGAGUUUUGUUACUUUGGAUCACUCCUAAGCCCUUCUUCAUUGGUUGUUCUGAUGUUUUAGAAUUUUAAAAGUUGGGGGGGGGGAGAGAGAAAAGUCUGUUCAACUAUCAGAAUUUGUAAAAAUCUAACCAGUAAUAAAACCAG